GACGCCUUUACCUUCGCUGAGGAGACAAGAAGUCGAACCUUGUCCUUGUCGUCUUGGUUAAACAGCUAGUCUCAAACUAAGGUGGUAGUGCCAGGAUUCGGCGCCAUGUUGGUCAGCAAACCGAAAUCCCGUUUCGUGGCUCAGAAGAACGCAGACCCCACAUGUUACCGCUUAGAUCUACCUGACGAUUCCAUCAUCAUCCUCCUCCUCUCAAACAUUGAGUCUUUGUCUUGUACAAUUGCCGCAAUUCCAGCAGACUCAAACCUUGUUGGUCCAUUAUUUUGGUCUACUCCGAAGUGGCAUCUCAGGCACCACCACGAGCCUUUGGCACGGUACCAUUCCCUGUUUACGAACCAUCCCGUGAUCCAUACUUCAUCGAGUUCGGUUACCAACCUAUUGAAUGCUCCCGAGAACCAAGAGACCCGAAGCCGUCUCGUUCGGGGGCCUCGCCUCCGCCACCAACCUCCCCCGCGUCGCGCAGCUCGUACAGGAACGGCAGCAAGCCAACCCCAACCCGCGACUAUGUGAGCGGUGCCAGGACUGGGACGUCCCCGACUUUGCCGCUGGUCUCGGAUCGAAGAGCCAUCACUAUGUCUCGCUUGAGAGCAUCUCUUUUCGGUCUUUGAAGUGUCUCCUUUGCCGCGCAGUCGCUGCGGCUGUUGAGGCGCGACGGCGGGAGGAUGGUUGUCUACGUGACUGCUCCGAGGCGUACUUGUUCGUUACGCUCCAGGGCCCUUUCUUUCUUGAUUCAGGCUUAGCCGAGGACCAGAAAUAUCGGUUGUUUGCUUCUUCUUCUGAUGAAGUUUCUGUGAGGUUGUUUCUGGAGUUGACUCUGAGUACGGUGCGAGACAAGUCGAAGUUAGCGACUUGGGAUGCGUUGCCGUCGCCCUUUGCGGUCACGCCGCAAUUUCUAUUCCGAUACUCGACAGAAGAACCCCAGAGACUCCAAACCAUUGAAGAAUGGGAGGCUGAAUACUUUGACGUUGAGACAUUGAAGAUUUGGAUCGAUGGAUGUGAGAUUCUUCACGGUCACCACUGCGUGACUAGGUACAAGUCGAUCGACCAUCUUCCUAUAGGGUUUAGGGUCAUCGAUGUCCGUGGAAUGAAGAUUGUCAAGCCUUCAAGACCGGUCCGCUUCGUUGCUCUUAGCUACAUGUGGGAAGCCUCCGAGGCAUCAGGACAUGCACAACUGGAGACGACGAAUGCAGAGGACUUGGAAGCUCCAGGGAGCCUCGAGUCUGUCAAGUUACCACGCAUCAUCUUGGACGCGAUAUCUCUUUGCAGGGAUCUGGGAGAAGGCUUUUUAUGGGUGGACCGUCUUUGUAUCGUUCAAGAUGACGAGCGAUCGAAGCCCGACCAGAUAGACGGUAUGGACCGGAUCUAUCAGUCUGCCUCUUUUUCCAUCCUCGCCGCGCUAAAUGAUCGUCGCGGAAACGGGUUCCCUGGAUAUGCUGGUAACCCCAGGAGGCGACGCGCCUCCUUGUGGUGCCCGCCGCGGAACCGGAACGUUGGGAAGGGGAUUGACCCGAACGGUCUGCAUACGGUAGUCGACGCAUCCUUAUGGAACCAGAGGGGAUGGACGUUCCAGGAGAGACUUCUUUCAAGACGCAGCAUCUUCAUCACGGAGCACCAGGUCCUAUUCCAGUGCUGUCGAGGCCACGCCGCUGAAGAACUUACUUGGGGACGAGCACGACAUGAAGUUCCUACACCGUUGCCCAGCGAGGACGCAGAGCCAACUCAAGCAGAAGAUCACAUCGACGAGCACGACUCACAAGCUCAUCACGCGACCCAAAUAGAUAUCGACGAAUCGACGACCGAGAAGAAGACACACCACAUACCAAACAUCACCGGCUUCUACCGCCGAGCGCUCCACAACAGAGACGCACCAGUCAAACUACGAGGCCAAGUAUCCCUAGCAAACUACUGCCAAUGGGUCGAAGACUACACAUCGCGACAGCUCUCCCGUGAGACAGACAUUCUCAACGCCUUCGCGGGCGUCGGCAACGCCGUAGGGGACUCCAUGCGCACUAAGAUGAUGUUUGGUUUGCCGGAGAUGUACCUCCCCCAGACGCUCAUGUGGAGUCACACGGGCGCCGUCCGACGUAGAGGUGACGCGGGGUUGAAGAUCCCGAGUUGGAGCUGGGCGGCGUGGUCGUCGGUCGACGGGGGGAGUGCUGCGAGUUAUCGGUGGAUUCACGGUGAUGCGCGACUGUUUGAUACCAAGCUCGUGCGGAUCGUGACGCUGGUGCAAAUUUAUGUACACGAUGCCAGACGUGCUGCUUCAAGGUCUAGAGACGAUGACUAUGGUUUGCGCAAAGCCCGGGUGACGGAGAGAUGGCUGGGCAGCUGCAUGCAGCUAGCCAAGAUCAACGGGAUCGAAAAGCUGCCGCCGUUGCAGAGGAAGAUGGCCGGCGGUAAGUUCAACGUCUCUGAGGAGACGAACGAGAAGUACACCGCCAUGUGGCGGGAAUGUCCCCACAGUCCGUGGGAAGCUCUCGCGCACGCGGAGCUUGAUCCGGAGGCUGUCGAGGUAGCGGCUGGCUUCCCAGGGGCGCUGGUGUUUAACACGACGGUUGCCUCGUUGAGAGUUGGGCGGGAUCGGAGGAUGAUGGGCGCAAGGAGGGGUGACUGCGAGGAUGCUGAGAUUCUGGAUAUGAUGGGGAGACAUGUUGGGUAUCUGGAUAAGAUGGAUACCCGUUGGAUCUCAGGGCGGAAGGGGGCGAGAGAUCGGAGGAUGUUGCUUGAUUUCAUCGUUGUUAGUGCUUCUGUUGACACGGAGGUCAGCGAGAGUACUGAGUGGGCGUUUAUCAAGGGGCAGUUUCAUGAGAUGUGGCGGUUUAAUGUCAUGCUUGUUGAGAGGGUGCUGGGUACGCCGUUUGUUGCGAGGAGAGUUGGGGUGGGAUAUGUUUGGCUUAGCCAGUGGAAGGACUGUUAUCCUCGUUGGGAGACGGUGGUGCUCUGCUGAGAAAAGCGUACCCGGUCUCUACGGGGCGCAAAAUUAGGUAACUCCGAAUCACAUAUGACGAGAGUCCAAGAUGCCACCUUUGGUGUUGUUCUCAUUCAUUGAUAGACUUGAAGAGACAGUGAAAUAUAUC